AUGACCGACACACUCCGCAUGUCGACUGAACGAUAUCCGCCCCUUCGGCAGGCCCGGGGGACGCUGCUUAAUACUAUAAUGGAGGAUACGCGCGAAUAUCAGUUCGCUCAAACCAGUCCGAAAGGUUCACUUCCUUCAAGACCCACACCGGCCGUGACGAGCCCAAAGUUGAGAUUACAGACCAGCGGGCUAUCUGUACCAACACAUGCCAGGCUCGCCCGUCUGAUGUCGCCGCUCUCAGCCGGAACUACCUCAUCAUGUUCAGAUACAGAAUGGCAGUCGCAGAUGCAGGGAUUCCAAGGAUACGACGACUUGUACGACGCCACUGAUGAUGACAGCAUCGACGACAACGAGACCGAGAUCAGCGACUCCUGCUUUUCCCCCGAUACGCGGCCAUCGAGCUUGAUCACGCCCAUCACCAGAAACUCGGUCACCUCGACUGGAAGCAACCGAAAGCGCUCGUUGACCCUGGAGAUUCCGUCACCUACGAUGUGGCCAUCAAUCAACAACGCCUGCAAAGGCUCUCCAGUCCCACCGACGCCUCCAGCGAAGAUUCCAGUCUCGCCAGCAGCGCUGUCGAUGCUCAGUCGUUCUGUACCUGCGUCCUAUGCACCCCCUUCCCUCGACGGCAGUAUGUCCUCAGAUCAGGACUCCGUCAUCAGUGCAUUGGCCACACCGGAUAAUCACUCUCUGCCGGACACCAACUGGGAUGCACACGAUAUUCAUGUCCGCCCGGAUCUGGACGGAAACGAGAGCGAUCUAGACAAUGCGGACUCCAGUUCAGAUAUCCAAACCAUUCCUAUCGCAAUCGAGGCCCCGCAUGAGAAUUGGAGCCAUGUUCUGGGCAGCUUCCCCCAAAUUCCCACUGCAGCACGAUCGUAUUCGCUGUCGCCCACGCCAUCCCUCAAUCUGACGGAUGAGCCGAUCUAUGAAUAUGAUGACUUGUACGACGCACCGGAGCCUGUUGACCAGGGUGUCUUCCUCCCUGAUUCAGCGUUAGCGAUGUUGCACCAUAUUCGCUUGGAUGGAAACCCCGAUUCGUGGUCUGAGACCUCGGAGGGAAACGGCGAAAUGUGGCAACUACAAGCGCCUCCCAGCCGCCCAAGGAGUGCUGACGGCGUCACCCCUGCAUCCGAGCUGUCUGCAUAUAGCUUCACUGACCUGAGUAUCCCUUCUCCAGGGGGGUUCUUUGCCUCGCUUGCCCCCCGCACGCGCCACACUUGGUCAAUCCCCAAUACCAACAACCAACCCUCGUCGGCGGCCGCAGAAGGUUUCUACAAUUUGCCAUGGCGCCGGGAAGAAGGCGAAGUUGUUGAACAGAUAGUCGAGUGGCCUGAACGCCACACCGAGGAAGACCCGGUCACUGCGGUUCGUGAUGAAGACGGCCCACCCACUGCAAUUCGACUCCCAUGUGAUACCCCGACUCGUCGGUCUGUAUACCAUGAUAGCCCCAUGAGUGCUGCCUUCGAUGCAGUUCAGGUCCAGGAAAUCCCCCGUUCUGGAAACGGGUAUGAGUAUGAUGAGUGCUAUGACCAAGAGCUGCAGAACCGUGCAGUUGCCAGUCAUGACCGUACCAGUAUCUGGCUGUCUGCUCAAGCAUCCUACCUCGCAGCUCUCAACGAGACGAACCCUAUGAAUGACGUCGACCCUGCUGAGCCUGAAGGUGUCGAGGUCUCGGCUGAGGCAACCACAGAGGACUCUUCCAAGAAGAUGGUCCGAUUUGCCGAAGGUAUUCCAGAGUCUCUUUCCCCUCUGCCGCCACUCCGUGCCAGCAAAGAUUCAAUCUACUGGCAGGGCUUCCAGUCCAUCCGGGAGCGGUCCACCAAGGCCGACGGGUUCAUGCACCGUAACAUGCGGUUCGAUGCUGUGCACUCCAUGCGUCUCGCCAUGAGCGACCUGCACAUCAAUUGCCUGCGGGGCAAGUAUGAGCUUGUUCGCCCCGAGCGCCCCGCAUACAAGGGUCCCUUUGCCAAAGCUCCCCGUAAUUCGGUGAUUACCACUGAGCUGGCGGAGAAGGCCAAGUACGCGAAGGUUGAGAAAGAACAGCUGGUGCUCGCCCAGCUGUGCCAGCCCAUGUGGGCUAUGGAUGCGCUGCGGUCUCUUAACGGCGGCAGUCUACUCAUCAGCCCUGUCCAGCGCCUGCUUUCGCGAGCAACUUCCAAGUCCAGCAUGUCACAGGGUCCUCGCAAACGCAGCUUCCGAAUUCUGGAUCUUGGUGGUCACUCCUCGUGCGACUGGGCGUGGCAAGCCGCCUACGAGUUCCCGAAUGUCAAGGUCUACACCGUCGCCUCCAAGGCCCAUACUGUCAACAACGCCAUCAAGGGCCCUCCCAACCACCGUCAGGUCACAGUGGAAAAUCUCUGGGAGCUCCCCUUCGGCAACAACCAGUUCGACGUCGUCUCAGCCCGCUCCUUGCAUGCUCUGCUCAGGACCGAAUGUCCCGCCGGCAAGGACAGCGACGAAUACGAUCUCGUCCUGAAAGAGUGCAUGCGCUGCCUCAAGCCCGGCGGCUAUCUGGAGUUUCAAGUGCUAGACGCAGAGAUCUCCCACGCCGGCCCAUACUGCAGCGCCACCUCUGUCGAGUUCGCCUUCAACCUCCGCGCACGGGGCUACGACCCCCUCGCAUCAAAGUCCUUCUCUGCACGCCUCCGCAACAGCGGCUUCGUUGACACCAAGCGCGCAUGGAUGUUCCUGCCCAUGGGCACAGAGCACGUGGAAGCCCCGCCACUGCGCGAAACACCCGCGCCACGAGUGCAGAGCCAGAUUGAGAACUACGAGGCUGUACAAGGGCCUAUCGGCAGCACUGCAGAUAUUGCCAGUAUCACCGGGCUGAUUGGCGGGUGGAUGUGGGAGCAGUGGCUGGUGAAGCUGCGGGUGGAGAUGGGUCGUGAGAGGGGCAAGUUGCUUGAGGGCGUUGGGGCGCUCUUUGAUGAGGGGAGGAAGAGCGGAGCGGGCUGGACCUGUUUGUCUGGGUGGGCUAUGAAGCCGAAGCGGAGGAGUGGUGUGACUUCGUCUGUUGCUGGGUCUGACAGGCGCUGA